CCUCCUUCUUUAUCCAUCUCAAUCCGCAUACACGUUACCGGUAGACCAGAAACUAUCGAGACCUUGCCACAUUCUUCGAGUGAUGACGCCAAACCGGUGUUUGAUCACUCCGAGACUGGUGGUGUUGCAGGAGGGAACAGCUAUGGAUAAAAGCGUGGACUCCCUUUUCGCCAUAGAGUCGGUCAAGGUUCAAACUGGAAGGCCCAACCUGCCAGCCAUGCUCAGAGAUGAAAUGGAAAUGGCGACGGGCAGAAUGUCUGUUAAUGUGUGUGGCUCACAGGGGAUAGUUCGAUCUGUUCAUCAUGCCCUUCAAAUCCCAAUGUUUGGCCCUCUCAGUGUAGCCAACUGGCGGCCCAAGUGUUACUCUACACAUCGAGUUCUUUGGUAGCGCUUAGUACAACGGACACCUAGGUCACCAUUAUGAAGAGCCACAAAAUAUUUUCUUGAAAC